AUGGGUUCCCGUUGCGCAAAGCUCAGCUCUGGCCACAGCGCGGGUCAGAGCUCAGGCCACAGCCGCGGCCACGAGUCGUCGAUGAAGAAGCUCGUGGCCUGCGUGAGUCAGGACAACUUCUCCCUGUCGUCGGAGGGUGAGGAGGAGGAGGAGGAGGAGGAGGAAGAGGAGGAGGAGGAGGAGGAACAGCUCCCCGUGCAGGGCAAGCUGCUGCUGAUGGAGACCGAAAGACAAGAGGAGCACGCCCAGGACAAGACCAUGGCCCAGCCGAGCCCCGAGCCCAAACAGACGCACUCCUGA